AUGUUCGAUCAAGAAAUGAUUAUUGGUGGUGCUGUCAAAGUUAGGCGUUGCAAAAUGAUUGUGUGGUGGUGUGCUUUUUGGUUGUACCUCUUGUUGAUGCUGUAUUGGGUUCGUGGAGUUGAGUGGGUUGAAGGGUUAGAUAGGCCUACUCGUCCUGGUUGGUCGGAAUCGGAAAAGAUGGUGGAGACUAUGCAAUCAAUUGGGUUUGUGUUCGAUACACCGUGGCCAACAGUGUGGAUUACAUCUUACAUUUGUUGCUCUCCUACACAACCGGUGGAUGCUAGUAAUCCAGAGCCGAGUCCUUCUAGUACAACACCACAUAUUCAGUAUCUAGUAAGAUGUUGGAAUGAUUGUCUUUCCUUUAAACUGCCGACUUACUCUGAUGUGAAAGCGGCGGAAGUAGCGUUGGCUAAGUUGAGAACAAUUGAUCUUAUUAAGGUCGACCGGGCUUUUGUGACCUAUAGAAAGGGCAAUCCUAGUUGUCAACACGAGAAUCUGCUAAUUUUAUCUCGAGUUGUUAAUGUGCUUGACUGUACGCGCCUGGAAAUUCGCAUGGAUUCUUCUUUGAAACAGGAAGUGCCUGCUGCUCAGCUGACUUUGGCCUUAUGCUUGAAAGAAGCACGAGCUAUUGUUGACCAAGCAACAUACCACGCAGAAUGCUGGCUCAGAUUUGCCUCUAAAUCAAAGAGUAAGACUCUGGAUCUGACAUCCGUUGGUGUUGUCUUGUUACGGCCUAUUUCUAGUGUUUUUAUUGAGAAGGAUGAGUUCCAGGAUAUCUCUUAUUUAUCUCGGUUGCCACUAAUGGAGAACUACGUACUCUACUUCAGAUGCUUGCCUAGUGUUGUUAAUCUUGAUUUGGGGUUUCUCCAUUUGUCCUCCCCUAAAUGCAGUCGGAUUGUUAUUGAAACUAUCACGAGCAUAAAGAUAAAAGUAACAGGUCUUGAGAAUGCCACGGCCAACCACCCAAAGCUGGUGCUGGAAACUAACUGGAUGGUUCUUAAAUACCUGGCUGAGCACAACAAGUCCCAGAUCCGAGUUCAUACUAUUUUGGAUCUUUCCAUCGACUCGGAAUCUAUCCAGGCAAUGACACAACCUCUUUUAGACCAAAUACCAGUCGAGCCUUGCAUCAUUGCAACUAACAUCAUUCUUAAAGUUCCUGCUAGGAUGCCAUGCCACCCCCUGAGCUACUACUCUGAAAUAUACAACCGAGAGGCCUUUGCCAAAAACGGUAUCUUAAUUGAAGGCGUCCAGAUCAGCUACGUCUUCGAUCGAAGCGAUCUGUAUCGCACUUUGCAUACGCUUGUCAAAAUCGGCGCUUUAUCGAUCAUGCCAGAAAGUGUUAUGAUGAAAGAGGUUAUAUGUUGUGGCCAGGAACUCAAUCAGCUUGACUGGGAACUUCAAGAACCAGUCACUGUUUGCCUUGAUGAAUCAAAUAUAGACUCCUAUCUUGCCGACUACAACUCCUUUUAUACAUGCUUCUGCCAGAAUAUACGCUACCAAACACUUGAGAUUACUGGGGAGGGGUUUCCGUCCAAAGGCAGUGUGAAGAGGUGCAUUGCCCUUCUAAACUUGUUUCGGAACAUUAGUGCUCGGAAGCUUAAGAUUGCAGAUAUUCGCGAUAGCAACAAAGCUGUCAACAGAUUUGAUCUGACUAUCUUAGAAGCAGAGUUAGACCAGGCUCCCAGAUACCGUUUUGAUAUUGACAGUUUGUUGCUAUGUGAUGUCGAUGAACAGAUAAUUUAUUGGAUAUUUGGCCACUACGAAUUUAGCCGCUCAGUUGAAGUAUGCAUUCAAAACCAGCACUUUAAAAACCUGGCCAUUACACAGAUUCUUUGUCAUCCAGUCGGUCAUAAUAUCUCCUCGCUUGUAAUCAAUGACUUAUGCCAUCUAAAUGAACUCACCCGGGCCAAAAAACGGCACAACAUCAAAGGAUUCUCACUAUUCAAGCAUAUUGAAGCAGCCCAAAAAGACGGCAAAACACCCAAAGAUCUUAACCUACACAAACUAAUCUUGCAAUUAGAUAACACUGCCUCUAAGUCGUAUCAUAAAGUCCUAACUGAGCUUCUGGGUUAUGACAUUCAAUUCUCAGCUAUGCCACUUAAAACCUACAUUGCCUGUAUAACAGCCACCAGCCAAAACCAUCCUAUCUUUAACUGCAUAAAGGACUUUUCGCUUUAUGAAGUCACAUUAGAGGUCUUAACAACCGAUUUCAUCUCUUGUCACUCCAAAGAUCAGACUCAGCUAAGCUUAAUCCAAAAGAAACCGGUUGAAACACUAACAUUACGAUUCAGUACCAAGCAAUUUCUCACCGAAGUCGACCUGGUAACUAUUAUCCGUUGGAUUUCCUGCCGAUUCACUAGUCUAACUACUUUACGACUAAUUAAUGCAAAGGUAACCGAAAGUGUGCAGAGAACAAUAUCUUCACGCGAUUACAUAUUUAUUGGUCUGGAUCUACUCAGUAGUAUUCGCUUAGAGGAUGUAAAUUCAUCGGGCACCGCAAUCGAAUUACUAACCAAAAGAUACAGCCUUGUCUUAAUAGCAACAGCUUCUAAUGUCACACCCGCAUUCACCAUCGUACCACACCAAAUCAUCAUCCAACUCCUCUCUCAAUUAAGUCAACUUGAUGACCACAUGGCCACACAUACACUCCCCGACCCAAACAUCCAAAAGAUCCUAGCUCACCUCAAAGAAAGCCCAACUCUAAUUGAGUGCCCAUUGUGCUGUAAAGAGCUUUGUAUGACCAUUACAAAGAAGAAAGAGGCAGACAAUCCAUCCGAUGAUCGCUUCACCACAAUUUGUUAUCUUGAAUGUGGCGGACCAAUCUGUAAUCUAUGUGUAGCUGGUAUUCAUAAUAUAGCUGGUGAUACUUGCCCAUACUGCCGGAAACCAAAUCUAACUGCACCUGCUCGACAACUUAUAAGUGCACCACUAUCCAGCUUUGUCUUUGCCGACAGCCGUACUACUACACCAAGACUCAACCAGAACUGGCUCAAUACUUUAGUCUGGCCAGACAACCAGAUAUACUUAUACUUCGCCUAUAAACACCCGAUCCACAUUCCCGCCGAUCUUGAUAAAGAGAUAAUCUAUGACCCCAAUCAUCCCAUUCACAUUAUUUAA